AUGAAUAUUAUUGAUGAAGUUGAUGCAGUAAACAACGAAGAAUCAUCGCUGCGUCCUAACCGAGAUAAUACUCAACAACAACAACAUUAUCGGCUUCAAUUACUAGCUCAAGCCGUUGAAAAAGUAGAAAGCGAAUCUUCACAAAAAUCACUUACUGUAACAACAACGACUGUCCCUAAAAGACGACAUCAAAUGCCGAUCGACUCUCUUUCCAUGACAUCAUCAUCACAACAACAAGAAUUGUUAAUGCAAUUAUUUGCCCAACAAAAUGUUGCUGCAGUGAUGGCUGCUGCGACUGCAGCACAACGGCAAGUUCAAAAAAAACUCGAACCGAUCUCUCCACCAUCAACAUCAUCGGCAUCAUCAACAGCUGAGAGUCCUAUUGAUUUUUCUUCUCACCGUUCAACAGAUGACAUGAAUGAAUGGUCAUCACCAGCAUCAUUAUCAGCACUACCAAAUCAACAGCAACUUCUUUCAACAAUGCUACAAAAUCUUCAAUCGACAAAUAAUUUUCCAUUUUUAUUAACAAAUAAAAAUGGUAAACCAACAAGACCAUUUAAAGCUUAUCCACGUGAAUCAUUAAUGUUACCACUUGGAUUUUGCCCUAGUGCAACAUCGGAACAAACAAAUAUUCUUGCUGAAGCAGCUAGUCGUGCAACAGUUAAUCGAAAACGACUUGCUCAAACACAAGAACGUCUUAAGCAACGUUUACAACAACAGCAGCAGCAGCAGCAAUUAUUAAGUACAACACAUUUUAUAUCAUCAUCCGGUACACAAAUAUUACAACCACCAAAAAAACGACAUCGUGUCAUGGAAAAUCCAAUAAUAAAUGAUGAUAAAAUUAUAACUAAAGAACAUGAUGAUGAUGAUGAUGAUGAUGAUGAUGAUGAUGAAACAAAUAAUGGAAUCAAAGAUGAUACUUACUGGGAGCGACGAAGAAAAAACAAUGAAGCUGCUAAACGUAGUCGUGAUGCACGACGUGCAAAAGAAGAUGAAAUUGCUUUAAGAGCGGCUAUAUUGGAGCAAGAAAAUAUCAAACUACGUCUUGAACUAUCACAAUUAAAACAGGAAACGGCUAAAUUGCGAUGUAUGAUUCAUGCGUCCUCAUAG